CAUUAGCUCAAGGAGAAUCAAAGCGUCGUCUCUUGUUCCUUCCGCUGCCAACAAAAUGGAGCUGUCGUCUGCGUCCGCCAUAUUAAGCCACUCCUCCUCCGCCGCUCAGCUUCUCAGACCUAAGCUCGGGUUUAUUGAUUUGCUUCCUCGUCGAGCGAUGAUCGUUUCUUCUCCUUCUUCUUCGCUUCCUCGAUUUUUGCGGAUGGAAUCUCAAUCUCAGCUUCGCCAAUCUAUCUCUUGCUCUGCUUCUUCUUCUUCUUCUAUGGCAUUAGGUAGAAUUGGAGAAGUAAAGAGAGUAACAAAGGAAACGAAUGUUUCAGUGAAGAUUAAUUUGGAUGGUACUGGAGUUGCAGAUAGUUCUAGUGGAAUUCCUUUCCUUGACCAUAUGUUAGAUCAACUUGCUUCGCAUGGCUUGUUUGAUGUGCACGUUAGAGCUACUGGUGAUGUUCACAUUGAUGAUCAUCACACUAAUGAAGAUAUAGCUCUUGCCAUUGGAACUGCUCUAUUAAAGGCUCUUGGUGAGCGUAAAGGGAUUAACCGGUUUGGUGACUUCACAGCUCCUCUAGAUGAAGCGCUUAUACAUGUUUCCUUGGACUUGUCUGGUCGACCAUAUCUUGGUUACAACUUGGAGAUACCAACUCAGAGAGUUGGAACAUAUGAUACUCAGGUUCUCUCUUUGCUCCUGGAAUUGUCUUCUUUUGGGUUUAUCUGUGUUAUUCGUUGUUUAGUAAUCAUUGAAAGUGUUGCCAAAAAUUGUUUAACCUUUCGAUUUGUAGUUGGUGGAGCACUUUUUCCAGUCGUUGGUGAAUACUUCUGGUAUGACUCUUCACAUCCGGCAGCUCGCUGGUGAAAACUCUCAUCACAUAAUAGAGGCGACGUUUAAGGCGUUUGCCAGAGCUCUACGACAAGCAACAGAGACUGAUCCACGCCGUGGUGGGACAAUACCAAGUUCAAAAGGAGUCUUAUCACGGUCUUGAAAGCUAAUCAAACACACAAGACAGUUCCCAGAUUCACACUUCAUCGUCGAGUUCAUGAGCCAUCGUCAAUUCUCUUAUGGUACCAAAUGCCAAGCCUGUUGGAUCUUGCUGUUCCAUUCCAUUACAGAAGCACAAAGAGCAAAAUGUGAAAAUAGAUUAGAGAUCACACAGUUCAGAAGAUCAUAGGCUCAUCUUUAUAUUAAUCUGUUGUUGCAGAGUGUAUUAAACCUCUUACCAUUGCUGUAUCAUCAUCAACUGAGAACUUACUGUGAGUUGAAGUGACUGUAAUUUGCUUUAAAUAGUCAACACUCCAAUCUUGGCAACGACUGCGUUUGACUAAAAAUAAAUAAACGUCUGCGUAUUGAUCUCU